GUUUUAUAGAAUCGCCUCGCAAUUGACCAACUGCCAUAUUUGUUGCAUCAUUGCAAUUUACUUACAAGCAAUAUAUAAAGCCAUUAGGAACAAUAUUGUUGAGUCUCUCGGUUAUACUCGGUCUUUUCGACUUCGUGGCGCAUAGAGGGGCCGAAACAAUUGUACAAUCAGGAACGGAAACAAUUAACGGGAAUCUUAAAGGUUGAUUGUGUUCUUUGUACAAAGAUGUUUUUAAAGGUCCUUGUCGUUUGUGCGUUUCUCUCGGUGUCUGAAGCGGUCUACCUCCGACAUGGCGGGCACGGACAUGGACAUGGACAUGGACAUGGCAAUAAUUAUCCAAGACAUAAAACUGUUAUCAUGAGACCCGCUCCAAGAAGACAGAAGUAUAAGUAAGUGCAGUUUUCUUGAUCUUCAGUUGAAUUUUGAAACUCAAUAUUCUAUACAGCUAUAGACUAAAUUUUGAUCUCAGCGAGAAUGAGUUUGGUUGCGAAAUGUUGUAAAAUGAUGAAAAUAUAGCCCUGCGAAAUUUGCAAAUUUUGUAUUAAUUUGUAUUACACGCGGGAAAAUGCACCACAUUUGGGCCGAAAGUGGUGCAUUUUCCCGUGCGUAAUACAGCAUUUCGCAACCAAACUUUGCAAUUUUACUAAUUUUAACGUGCUCUUUCUAGCUGUGGUGAUGGAUUUUGUUCCUCUUGCCGAGAUCAAAAUUUAGUCUGGAGCUGGACUGUCACCAUCUGGUUGUUUCUGUUAAAUUUGUGACGUGGAAAUAAUUUCUCCCAUUAGAAACACAUGACAAAUUAAUUAACAUACUGCAAUGAACGGUUGCUGGUUACAACAGCAAGCAUUUGGAGGAAUAGUUUAGGAAUAUUAACUCCAAAAUCAAAUCAAUUUUCGGAUGUUCUAAAGCCAUGUAAAGGUUAAAAUCGUGAAGUUUCUGGGGACUCCACCCCUGGUCCCCCUGGCGACCACCCUGCCCUGCCUCCCCCCCCCGUGGGAAGACUUCAGCUGUAAAAGCUCGGUAGAGUAAGCUAAUUCUCUGCGAAAAUGUACCCCGUAAAAAUCCUGAAAACACCCUGAAAAUUUUCAAAUGUGCGUUGUCAAACCUUCGACGAAACAACAUCGUUUUCAAAUCUUUUCUCAAAAAUGUUUAUUGUGCCCCCAGCUGGGGCCGGUUUUUCAAAGGUGGGUUAGCGCUAACCCUGGGUUAAAAUUUAACCUGCUGUUUUAGUUUGAGUAUUUCUGCACGUCUGUUUAUUUCAACUGACUUCAGAGAAGUAAACUCCUAUCGAUCCAGACAAGAUCUCUGAAGAAAUAUUUCCAAAUUUAUAGACAAGCUGUCAGGAAAUUUGCUUUGAAUUUUAGGUUAACCUAGGGUUAAACUAACCCAGCUUUGAAAAACCGACCCCUGGGCUUCAAAUCGUCUGCAGGUUAGACGAAGUAAAUAUAUUCGUCUGAUACGAUAAAGAUUUUAACUCAUUACUACAUUAAUAUGCAAUCCUUGUCUUCAUAAAUGAAAUCGUCUGGCAUUUGGAAUUCAUGAAAUUGCAAAGUUAGGUGCAUUAGGCUCACGUAUUUGGGCUUGCUGGGUUGAUCAUUUCCAUGAAUUCUUAUUUUGCAGCGAAGAAGAAAUGGAGGCAUUUUUAGAAAGACAAAGAGAUCAAUUGUUUGAACUUGGGAAACGAAUUGACGCAAGGGCUGCAACUAUUUGCAGAUGGAAUUACGCGACGCGUAAGUGUAAACAUGCGCCUUUCAACAACAGAAUAUAGUAACUUUUCAAAAAAACUCCCUCAUCAAUAAUGCCCUGCUGAGGGAAAAUAGAUUUUGCCACUAUCCAUUCAAAAUAGUUGUGGCCAAAGUUUACCACAAAGGACCUGUAUUUUGAACUGUUUGUUGCUAGAUAGUUUUCACACACAAAUAUACCUUACUUCGUAGCCUAGUAACGUAUGAAACACAAAUUUAAUAUCUCAACUGCAUGUGAAAUAUAUUUCCCAGUGUUUGGAAAAAUAUAUAUUGCAAACGCACACUAGAGAACAUCGAGAGAAACCAUCCUUUCGUUUUAUUUCUUCCCUGUUUUUCCCGAGAAUCUCAAUGUUUCCCGAGUGCUUCCCGAGAAUCUCAAUGUUUCCCGAGGGCUUCCCAUUUAUUUAUCAAAUAUAAGUUUAUUGGACUGUCAGUAUCAUGCAUAAUGGUCAGCCAAUGCGUCUUUCCAUUACACAAGUGUGAAGGACUCUAUAUAUUAAAUUCCAUUCCUCUAUAGUUUAAAUUUUGGUCUCAAAGAUAGCAAGGGAUACAGUAAUAGGUUUGAAAUGAAAAUGUUGUCAUAGGAAUGGUGUAGAUUUGCUUAUGUGAUGCACAGAGCUCAAAUAGCGGGCUAUUAUAUUUGAUUUCAUUUGCUUACCACAACUCAUAUAUACUAGAUCAUUUAGUUGACUAAAUACGUUUAUAUAUUUGAAAUGUAGUAGAAUAGACAAGUUUUAUGUUAUGAAAACAUUGAUUUUUACAAUAUGACUCAUAUGAGACAUCGCCAUUUUGGCAAUUCAAUGAAUAAUAUUCAAUUUAUUUCACCUGCCAAUGGCAUGCAGACCAUAUUUUUCUCUAUACUUCGAGCCCUGGGGCUGCAACAGCAAUACAGUUGUGAAAAUGAUGUCCUUUUGUCAUAUCGUACUUUUAGUUAGUGUAGCGUUUUCGCCGAAUCACUGGACCAGUAAUUAGAGAUGUCCUUUCUCGAUCCACAAUAAUUUAGAACUGAUUUUCAGGCGUACCAGUAUAUAUAAAAGUAGUUUACUGUGGCUUAGAUUGUAAACUGCAAACGACAAAUAUCUAGGAUACUUGAUAUUAACGAGUGUCUGCCUUUCAUUUAGUCACUGACCCGCAGAAGAGAUCGUGCAGUUGCCUUGCUGUUUUUAGUUUCUUGAACGAAGGCAGUGAUGGUACGUAUAUACCGUUGAAAAAUUCUGUAACUGAGGUCAUAGUCAGGUCUUGACUUGCACUGUAGACACAACUUAAAGCCCGAACUUCUCUCUCAAUGAACUAUAAUGAUUCACGCUUUUUAAAUAUCAACAAGAGGCAAUUAUCCGUCCCGUCAUCGCGUACUCGCCUUAGCUCUACUCCUAUCCACCAAGUUUCUGCAAAACAUCUUCUUUCCGAAAAGCCUGCCCGACGAUAUAAAAUCCUCUCUCUGUUCAAUCAACUAAACUCAAUGUCGAUGUUAUAAGACCAAGGACUUGGAAAACAUAUUGUUCUGACUAAGUGUCGGUCUUGCUUUUUAAAUUGUUGUUCCUAAAAGUACAUUUUGGCGAAUAUGUACAAAUAUAACGAAGUGUAAUCUGUGAAUUUGUUAGUUCAAAUAGUGUUGUAAUGUAGCAUGUGAGGCAGGACUUAAUUUUGGACUUUAUUUAGUGAGCUUUCAAUUUUAUUAGUUGUAAACAUAUACCAACCUUUCUUGUUCCAGGAGAUCCAUUCUUAAUGGCCUAUUCAAUGUAAGUAAGUUUUGGACGUUGAUGCCACAGAGAGUCUCUACUUUAUACACACGGAAGAAUCGCACAUCUUGUAGCAAGUCUGCCAACAAGCCGUCAACAUGUUGUGUUCGCACUGCUUGUCCCAAGUUGUCAACAAGUUUGGAACAAGCAGUUAACAACUUGUAGCAAGCUUGUUGAUAUUAUCAGAGUUGUUGCAAGGUUGUUCCAACAAGUCCUAUUCAGUCAUGAUAUAACAAUAUUGUUACAACCUUGUGUCGUCAACCUUGUAACACUCUUGUUAUAUCAUGACUGUAUCAGACUUGUUAGAACAACCUUGUAACAAGUCUGAUACUGCCAUCAAGCUUGUCAAAAGUUGUCAACAGCUUGUUCCAAACUUGUUACAACAAACUGGGAACAAGCAGUGCGAACAAAACUUGUCGACAGCUUGUGAACAGAUUUGUAGCAACGUUUUAUUGCGUGUGUACAUCUGCUACACGCGUAAAAACGCACAACAAUUUGUUAUACAAGUGUGUUCACAAGCUGUCAACAAGUUGUCUUCGCACUGCUUGUUUCCAGUUUGUUGUAACAAGCUGCAAAGAAGCUGUUAACAAUUUGUAACAAGCUUGAUGGCAUUAUCAGCCUUGUUACAAGACUGUGCUAACCGGUUUGUUACCAUGAUAUAACAAGGAUGUUAUAAGGUUGUCAACACAAGGUUGUAACAAACUUGUUAUAUCAAGCAUGUAACGGACUUGUCAGAACAACUUUGCAACUAGUCUGAUAACUUCGACAAGGUUGUUACAAGUUGUUCCAAACCUGUUGACAACUUGUGACAAGCAGUGCGAAUACAUCUUGUUGACGGCUUGUUGGCUGACUUGUUACAAGAUGUGAGAAUUUUACGUGUGUACAAGGACUCCAUUCCUCCUUCCACUGUAGUAGUUCCGUGACAUGAGUCAUAAGGUAGCUGGGUGCCAGAAGCACUCUUAGAAAGCCUUCGACUCCUUCAGGUUCAGCUGCGUUCUUCGCAACACACGCUUCCGGAAAGCCUCGUUUUUGUGAAACAUUUGUUCAGGGACAUUCUUUUAAGUUACAUUUGGAACUGGAAUUUGGUAAAAGAAAAUGACUGGCAUAUGUGGUUUAGGUCGGGAAAUGUUAUCUACACCCCUUCCCCCCUUCAGGAUCCCCUCUAUUUGCCUACACACGUAAAAACGUACAAGUUGUUACAGGUCUGCAAACAAGUUGUUAUAAAUCUGUUCACAAGCUGUCGACAAGUUGUGUUCGCACUGCUUGUUCCCAGUUGUUGUAACAAGUUUGGAACAAGCUAUUAACAACUUGUAACAAGCUUGAUGACUUUAUCAGACUUGUUACAAGGUUGUUCUAACAAGUCUGAUACAGUCUUGAUAUAACAAGAAUGUUACAAGGUUGCCGACACAAGGUUGUAACAAUAUUGUUAUAUCAUGACUGUAUCGGACUUGUUGGAACAACCUUGCAACAAGUCUGAUAAUAUCAACAAGGUUGUUACAAGUUGUUAACAGCUUGUUCCAAACUUGUUGACAACUUGGGACAAGCAGUGCGAACACAACUUGUUGGCAGACUUGCUACAAGAUGUGAGAUUUUUGCGUGUGUGUAGUCAGUUUAAUUAACAACAUCGUCUAUUUUCUUCAGAUUCACGAGUGUUUGGCACCAAUUUAGCCAGAGUGGAGGACCCGGCGCUGCGUGUAGCACAAGAAAUCCAAACAGUAUGUUUUCCAUAAAAAUCCUUCAACACUUAAUAUGCAGCCUUAUGAUAAUUUAUAAUUUUGUCUUUUUCAGGUCCCCGCCAGUUACACGAUAUAUGCCUCUGCAUGACUGGACAGUCGCUCAUCUAA